UCCCAAUACUUGCUAGCGCCUACACCUUUCUCUCUCGCACAGUACAACUAACGACGAAGAGGACGCAGACAAGAAAGAAGAGCUUCUGGGUUUGCUACAAUGUGUGCUUCUCGUCUUCUUCUUCAAGGUAUGGCUUCUCUGAAAUACUCAUCCAUUCGUACUUCUCUCAGAUCGGCCUCUUUUAAUACCUCCAAAUCUUCAUUUCAAAACCGCAAUUUUGAAUUCAACGGCAUUGACGAUGCUGUUGACUGCUUUAAUCGGAUGGUUCACAUGCACCCUCCACCUUCCACUCUCGAAUUUAAUCGAUUGUUUAGUUCAAUCGUGAAAAUGAAUCACUAUUCCGCCGCUAUUUCACUGGCUAAAUCUAUGGAGCUCUUUGGUGUCAAGCACGAUAUGUAUACUUUUAAUAUAUUGAUCAACUGCCUCUGCCGUUUGAGGUGUGCGGAUUUUGGCUUUUCUCUUCUGGGGAAAAUCCUGAAACUUGGUCUCCAACCUGAUACUGUAACGUUCAACACCAUCAUCAAGGGAUUAUGUACUGAGGGUAAAGUUGCCUCUGCUGUGAGAUUUUUUGAUAAGAUGGUGGAUAAUGGUUAUCAACCCAAUGUAGUUACUUACAACACUAUGAUGAAUUGUUUCUGUAAAGUAGGAUACACCCACGUCGCACUCCAUUUACUCAACAAAAUGGAAAACAGAGGUUGUAAACCAAAUGUGGUGGCAUAUAAUAUAGUCAUUGAUGGCCUAUGCAAGGACAUGCAAUUUGACAAUGCUUUCAAUCUGUAUUUGGAAAUGAUGGAUCAAGGUGUUACACCAGAUGUCGUCACUUAUAACUCUUUAAUUCAAGGUGCGUGCAAUUCAGACCAAUGGAAGAAGAAGACUACUAGAUUAUGGAAUGAAAUGCUUGCAAGGAAGAUCACACCAAAUGUCAUCAUUUUCACUAUUAUCGUUGAUAAGCUAUGUAAAAAAGGGGAGAUUUUAGAGGCUGAAUGUGUACUUGAGAAAAUGAUUGAGGUCGGGGUGGAACCUAAUGUGGUCACUUAUACUGCAUUGAUGGAUGGAUAUUGUCUAGUAGGCCAAAUUGAUAAGGCGUUGAAAGUUUUUGGUGAUAUGAAUUCCAAAGGAUUCUAUGCUAACAUUAUUACAUACAGUACCCUCGUAAAUGGAUUGUGCAAGGUAGGCAAACUUGAAGCUGCAAAAGAUCUUCUUGGGGAUAUGUGUGCACGCGGUCCUCCUCCAGACUUGAUAACUUACAGCACUCUAUUGGAUGGUUUAUGCAAGCAUGGGUGUCUUGAUGAGGCGUUGAAUUUGUUUAAAGCAAUGCAAGAAAGUGGGUUAGAACUCAACAUUGUAACUUAUAGCACCAUCAUUGAUGGUUUAAGUAAAGGUGGGAUGCUUAAUGUUGCAAGGGGCCUGUUUUCCAGCUUGUCUAUCAAGGGCCUAAUUCCUAACAUAAAUACGUACAAUAUCUUGAUCAAUGGACUCUGCAAAGAAGGUUUCUUAGGUGAAGCAUACCGGCUGUUUAGAGAAAUGGAAGGUAAUCAUUUGUCCCCAGAUGGCAUUACUUAUAAUAUAAUCAUGCGAGGAUUUUUCCGCAACAACAACACAUCUUUCGCAAUGCGGCUUCUUCAAGAAAUGCAUGAUUAGGGGUUCUCUGGAGAUGCAUCUACUGCCGAGAUGCUAGUGGAUUUGUUAUCUAACGAUGCAUAUGAUGAAUCUGUUUCCAAAGAACUUCAUAAGCUACUGUCGUCUGUCAACUUGAUCUUUGAUGCAUGCAUCACACACCUGUUAUUCCUAAGUGAGUGGACCAUUUCUCCCAUCGCUGCUGUCACUUCCUAUGCUAAACUAUCUUGAUAUUGGGGGCAACAAACUCACUGGUGUGCUACUACAGAACAUGUCCUGCGGUACUGAUCUUGCUUUUGUCAAUUUAUCCUCAAAUCUUUUGACUGGAAAGUUGCCUACUUGCCUGGAAUUAACAACCAGUGACAGGGAUGUGCUUUAUGGUGGAAAUUGUUUGUCUAAUGUGGGAGCAGAAUCCUUGUUACUUCUGCCACAAUGAAGCACUGGCUGUUAAAAUCUUGCCUCAUAAGCAGAAGCAAAGAAGCCCUCAUGCUAAAACACUUCUUGAUUCAAUUACAAUGGGAGAAUCCUUGGUGGCAUCACAAUGCUUGGUCUGGUUUUCUUGUUUAUCAAGAAGGUGUAUUAUAUAGUGAGAAUGCAGACAAAUUACCUCAAACAAGGUCAACAGUGGAGAAUGUGUAGUCAGUUAAUGAAGUAACACUGCUUUCUGAUGCAAAUACAAUGAAGCUGGGGGCUAGCCUUCCUGCAUAUUGAAGUUUCUCAGUGGAAAAGCUUAUGGAGGCUACCGACAACUUUGAUGCUUCAAUUUUCAUGAGCAACGAUUGACAGAAUCAGUUGUACAGAGGAAAGCUCCCUGAUGACACUCUUGUUGCUAUUAAAUGCCUAAAGUGGAGAGAAAAGUACAUCCAGCAAUCCUAUACACAUCAUAUUGAACUGAUCUUGAAGCUCAGACACCCCCAUUUGGCCAGUGCUCUUGGACACUGCUUGGAGUUCUGUCAGGAUGAUUCAACCUUUAUCAGAAUGUAUCUUAUAUUUCUGUUUGUUCCACACGGAACACUCAGAGACUACACAUCUGAUAAGAUCGAAUGCUGAAGGGACUUAUAGUCUCAUCAAUGAUUGAAAACAUGUGCUUUGAUUCUCUGAUCUUCCCAUUAAAGAACCUACCUUACAAUGUAUGUGAUAAAAUGAAUGCUCAGAAAGAAACAGAUCAGAAGCCGUUUAUGAAUUUCCGCUAUCUAUUUUGAUGAGGAGCAAAUGAAUGACUUGGUGUAAGUUGUUGUUCUUGGAGACUGUACUUUGAACAGGUUUAACAGGUGUGAAGCUGAUUUGGAAACAAAGAAUAGCAGCUGCCAUUGGAGUUGCAAAGAGUAUACAUUUCCUGCAUAUGGGAACUGUUCCUGGUGUGUUCUCAAACAAUCUGAAGAUAACAGAUGUUUCAAUGGACAAUGAUCUUGAUGCAAAGAUAAUAGUUACAGCCUGACUCUGGUAUCUGAAAUUAGGGAAUUGGAGGACGUUGGGGUUUCUUCUCCUGGACCAAAAAAACGCUGUUGGUCUAAGAUGGUCAAAUUCUAUGUUUGUAUGAGCAAGCAGAAACAUGAGGACAGGGAAGGUGUCUAUGAACUUGGGAGUAAUCCUUCUUGAAACCAUU